AAUUGACCCUGUGUUUUGUUUUGAAGUUGUACAAACACUUUUGUUUAUAUAGGCGUGUCUGGGCUUGGGUUUCACCUUUACUCUCUCUGAUUUAUAUGUCAACGACUGAAUCCAAAGCACUGCUUCACUUUUUGAGCUGGCAAGAAAAGAAAAACAUUUGUUAUUUUUAAGGUGAGUGUCUUGGUGUAAGCUUUAGACAUCACAAUGCUGAAGUUUAGCGUGUCUCAGAGGAAGCUUCCCUUGCACUAUAUGAGGCAGACAAUGUCCCUUAACGCUACUAGUCCAUUACGACAAACUAUUGUAAAUGGUCCACGGAAAAUGCAGGGUGCUACAGUGUCAUCUUCAUAUUGCGAAAUCUGGAAGGAAAGUCCAGCCAAGUCUGCUGUGUUUAUCCAUCGUAAUUAUCAGGCGCCACGGAAAAUCCUCACCCCCGGGAAAGGUCACAGGAACCCAAAGGUCAGGAGGGAUAUGGACGGCGAGCGAGGGAGGGGGACUCCCGUGAGGAGAUCGGAGACCAUACAGAUGAAAGUCUGGAGCAGCCAACUGAGUAGACUGAAGAGGAAAACAGAAUCCCUGAGGAAAAAGGAUGAAGAAAUCAAGGAACGAUACCUGGAAAUAAAAAGGAAAGCUAAGAGGGUGAUUUCCUCUACUGGCCUAUUAACGAUGGACGACGAGUAUGACGUCAUUCCCACAAAACGGUCAAAACUCACAACAAAUCAAGAACAGUCAGUCAUUCACGAUAACUCAAAAAAUAGCCGGAUCAAUGAACAUGGGUGGUCACAAAGGAAACUUGACGAACACCAAAGUCAGCGCAGCGGUGAUGACGUCAUAAUUGUUCUCAAGCGCAGGCGCAAUGAAGAUGAAGAGGAGGCAGAUGCGAUGUAUGCGGCCCAUCUUCUGGACAUCCCCAGCAAGCGAUACAAGCCGCCACAGAAGCGCCACAAAUCCGGUUCCGACAUUCCGUCACAGUCCGGGGGUUCCGGAUCACAUUAUCCCGUGCCGUUCCCCAGGACUUUCCUGAAGAAUGGAAGGAAAUACACGAUUUGUUAG